UAGGCCAUUCUUUAUAUACUGAUUUUGACUACGGAUUACCCCGUUUACCUGAUUAAGAUAAAGGGCUCACGGUGGGUGUGACCGGUCGACAGGGGUUGCUUACUCCAAGACACUUGAUCCCACCUCUGGAAUAUCCAAGAGUCAGUGUUUGCUCAACUCUUAAUUUUGUGUUCCUUAUAAGAGUUAUGAGAAUGAUUAUUUCGUUAUCUUCACCUUUUCAUAUAAUGAAUGAGAUAAUGAAAUUAUAUUAAUAUAUAAAAAAUGUGAUAUUUCAUCCUGUGGUAUAAGCACUAUAUAAACAGAUGUGUUCGUUUUACAAACUGACAGAAACAAUAUAUUUACAUGAGUUUUUCUUUUAUAUUUGUAAUCGAGCAUCGCACACUAGGCAGUAUACAUAUGGACAAGUUCAUUGCUAAGAGAUCCAACGUUAAGACAAGGGGUUGAGUGUGGCAGAAAACAUUUUUAAAAAAAACAAACAUGCUACAUAACUCGCAAUCAGGAGUCUCUGCAUACAGUAAAUGUAUAAAUACAUCUACUUAUAGUAGAUAGAUAUAUAACUUCUUUGAACGAAAAGUUAGUGAAAAUACAUGUAAAUCGAUAUAAAAUCAGCGAAAUUACUUUGGUGUGUGUGUGUGUGCAAAAAUCGACUUCUUGGAGUGUUUUGAUUUGCAGUUACAAUUCCGCCAUUUUGAAUGACAUUGAACAUGGUCGAAUUCCAUCUCGCGUUUCUGCAUUGAAAUACUAAAAUCUAGUCAGUUUCUUUAGAAUUUCUAAAGUUUUAGAGUUAAAAUUAAGGAAAUAAGUUUCCCGAAUCAGAAAAUAUAUUAAAUCAUCAUUCAGAUGUUGUGUUCUCAAUUCUGUCCCUAAAUACCUACAUGUAUAUAAAUAAAACCAUUCUGUAAUGCGAUUAAUCUCGAUUGUCCGGUAAGCGGGACACGCUGCACACCGCUCUAUAAAUCCGCUACGGAACAGUAACUUUCAAAGAAGAUCUAAAUCCUUAGGUCUUCAUGUAAUUGUUAUAAUACUUGUACAUAAUUAUUAAUUUUUAAUGUUCAAUUCUGCCGCUUAAGACGGUCUUAUUUGGUCACUCCAAUAUUUAGUAAAGUAGAAUGGUACAUAUGUGAAGAGAAAGGACAUGAGAGCGACAGAAUUAUUUUUAAUUGUGAUUUUUCUCGCUUGCGUUUGGUCGCUGUCCUUGGGUUACACGCUUUCUGAUGAGGCGAAUCUCCAUACAGCUAUAUUUCCCUCCACUUACGACCAAAACGUCAGACCAGGCGCAGAUAGGGCCACCCCACUGCAGCUUAAUGUGACGUUCUACUUUCAAAGUAUCAAAGAACUUGAUGAAUCUAUCAGUAAAUUCUCAAUAACCGGAGCUCUGAGCGUUCACUGGAGUGAUAACCGUUUGACGUGGAAUCCGUCCAGCUACGGCGGAGAUUUGAAUGUCACCAUUGUCCCCCAGAAAAAGGUCUGGGUGCCGUUCCUCAUCAAUAUGCUGAACUAUAACUCAUUACAAGCAAUAGGACAUAACGAUCUCAACUUACGAUUGGACUAUACCGGAUCGAUAACUUGGUUUGUGCCGAAUCUUUUUGAGAGUACGUGUGACGCUGAUUUAUCCUUCUACCCGUUCGAUUCUCAGACGUGUUUUCUGAGAUUUUAUGUACCAGGGUUCAUGCCCUCUGAAAUUGAAUUUUAUAUUCCCAAUCAAAGAAUGGACUUGUCGCAGUAUAGUACGAAUGGCCUGUGGGACGUGACAGAAACGACGAUCUACACCACCACGAAUUCACUCCAAGUCCAAGAGGUUUACAUGUCCAUCAGCAUGAAAAGGCGAAUAGUCUAUUAUGUAUCUAGCUUAAUACUGCCGGUGUUUCUUCUCUCUUUUCUACAAAUUUUUUCAUUUCUGAUGCCCCCCAAUUGCGGUGAACGUGUUGGAUUUUCUAUAACCGUCCUCCUGGCAGUGGCUGUAUAUCUAACUCUGAUCCAAGAUAAACUACCUGAGGGGUCGGAACCCAGUGUGUCAUAUCUUAGUUACAAACUUUUGGGGGACUUUAUGAUCGCAGUCUUCAUGGUGAUAGGCGUUAUUGUUGGACUACGUUUCUACACUAGAGAUGAUGAAAUUUUAAUUCCCAACUUCCUAGAAAGGUUCCAUGGACUUGUGCUGGGGGACCAAUGUUGCAGGGGAAAGCGCAAGGUGAUUCCUGACGAGAAGGAAGGUAUCGAUGCCUUCAAGGAGGAUCCCGUGUCUAAAUUGCUGACGUGGCGUGAUAUCGGGAAGGCCACGGACCGGUUUUGCCUUUUAAUGUUUGGGAUGUGUUUGACGAUGUGUAAUGUUGUGUAUAUGGUUGUCAUUGCCUCAUUUUAUUAGUCUAUAUUCCAGUCCAAUGGAGAUGAAAUAUUUUAUUUCUUACCACAAAAGACGCUUGCUUCUUUGUAAUGAAUUUUUUUAUUAGCUCACCUGAACCGAAGGUUCAAGUGAGCUAUUCUGAUCACAUUUUGUCCGGCGUCCGUCUGUCUGUCUGUCCGUAAACUUUUCACAUUUUCGACUUCUUCUCCAGAACCACUGGGCCAAUUUCAACCUAACUUGGCCAAAAGCAUCCUUGGGUGAAGGGCUUUCAAGUUUGUUCAAAUGAAGGGCCAUGUCCCUUUCAAAGGGGAGAUAAUCACAAAAAUGCAAAAAUAGGGUGGGGUCAUUUAAAAAUCUUCUUCUCAAGAACCACUGGGCCAGAAGAGCUGAAAUUUACCUGAAAGCUUCCUGACAUAUUGCAGAUUCAAGUUUGUUCAAAUCAUGGCCCCCGGUGGUAGGAUGGGGCCACAAGGGGGGAUCAAAGUUUUACAUACAAAUAUAAAGGGAAAAACUUUUAAAAUCUUCCUUCUCAAGAACCACUAAGCCAGAAAAGCUGAGAUUUACAUGAAAGCUUCCUGACAUAAUGCAGAUUCAAGUUUGUUCAAAUCAUGGGCCCCGGGGGUUGGAUGGGGCCACAAUAGGGGAUCGAAGUUUUACAUACAAAUAUAUAGGAAAAAUCUUUAAAAAUCUUCUUCUCAAGAACCACUGAGCCAGAAAAGCUGAGAUUUAUAUGAAAGCUUCCUUAUAUAAUGCACAUUCUAAAUUGUUAAAAUCAUGGCCCCCGGGGGUCGGAUGGGGCCACAAUAGGGGAUCAAAGUUUUACAUACAAAUAUAUGGGGAAAAUCUUUAAAAAAUCUUCUUCUCAAGAACCACUGAGCCAGAAUAGCUGAGAUUUAUAUGAAAGCUUCCUUAUAUAAUGCAAAUUCUAAAUUGUUAAAAUCAUGGCCCCCGGAGGUCGGAUGGGGCCAUAUAGGAAAAAUCUUCUCAAGAACCACUGAGGCAGAAAAGCUGAGAUUUAUAUGAAAGCUUCCUUAUAUAAUGUAGAUUCUAAAUUGUUAAAAUCAUGGCCCCCGGGGGUUGGAUGGGGCCACAAUAGGGGAUCAAAGUUUUACAUACAAAUAUAUAGGGAAAAUCUUUAAAAUCUUCUCAAGAACCACUGAGCCAGAAAAACUGAGAUUUAUAUGAAAGCUUCCUUAUAUAAUGCAAAUUCUAAAUUGUUAAAAUCAUGGCCCCCGGGGGUCGGAUGGGGCCAGAAAAGGGGAUCAAAGUUUUACAUACAAAUAUAUACGGAAAAUCUUUAAAAAUCUUCUUCUCAAGAACCACUGAGCCAGAAUAGCUGAGAUUUAUAUGAAAGCUUCCUUAUAUAAUGCAGAUUCUAAAUUGUUAAAAUCAUGGCCCCCGGGGGUUGGAUGGGGCCACAAUAGGGGGUCAAAGUUGUUUGGGGUUUUUUGUUGUUGUUUUAUUUAUUUAUUUUUUUUUUGAUAUAGUGCAGAUUCAAGUUCGUUAAAAUCAUGGACCCCGGGGAUUGAAUGGGGCCUCAAGGGGGGCAUCAAAGUUUUACAUACAAAUUUAUAGGAAAAAUCUUUUAAAAUCUUCUUCUCAAGAACCACUGAGCCAGAAAAGCUGAGAUUUAUAUGAAAGCUUCCUGAUAUAGUGCAGAUUAUAAAUUGCUAAGAUCAUGGCUCCCGGGGGUCGGAUGGGGCCACAAUAGGGGGUCAAAGUUUUACAUACAAAUAUAUAGGAAAAAUCUUCUUCCCAGAACCACUAAGCCAGAAAAGCUGAGAUUUAUAUGAAAGCUUUCUGAUAUAGUGCAGAUUCAGGUUUGUUGAAAUCACGCCCCCCCCCCCUCUCCCCCUUGGGGUAGGAUGGGGCCACAAUAGGGGAUCAAAGUUUUACAUACAAAUAUAUUGGGAAAACCUUUAAAAAUCUUCUCAAGAACCAUUGGGCCAAAAAAGUUCAUAUUUACAUGAAAGCUUUCUGACAUAGUGUAGAUUCAAGUUUGCAAAAACCAUGGCCUCCAGGGGUAGAUUUGGGGCCAUAAUAGGGAGUACGGUUUUACAUGCAAAUAGAUAUUGAAAAUCUUCUGAUAUGGACUAAGGUGACUCAGGUGAGCGAUGUGGCCCAUGGGCCUCCUUUUUGAUAUUCAUUUUAUCGGGAAGAUUUCAGAUUCUUCAUUAUCAACGUUCAUAUUUAUGUAGCAAUAUUCCAUUAGCACCAGUGUGAGAUGGACUUUACCCAUGCGAGACUAAUAGAGUCUUAGACUGCGAUGUCUUUUUAAUAAGAUUUCCACUUAUAAUGUAAACCAUUUUCGGGUAUGCUUUUUCUGGCUGUCCAAUUAGUUUUUGCAUUGAAUUUUAAAUGAGGAUUUUGAUAAUUCAGAACUUUCUCGAAGCUCUUGAAUUGAUACACUAAACUAUGGUUAAAAUGUGAGAAAAAUAAUCCCUCGUUAUCUACUUGUGUGGGUGAGUGAAAUUCCGCCGACGGGCUAUGAUUCAGGGUCUAGGUGAAAUUCCGCCUAAGGACUGUGAUUCAGGGUUUAGGUGAAAUUCCGCCAAAGGGCUAAGACGAAUGGCUUACGGCGGGUGUGACCGGUCGACAAGGGAUGCUUACUCCUCCUAGGCAUCUGACCCCACCUCUGGUGUGUUCAGGGGUUGACUUACUCUCAAUUUUGUUUACAGGAUUGAUGAGAUUAAUCACUGUUCGUUGUCCUCACCUUUUCAUCAGUAGAUUUAGAUUGAAUUCAAUCACCUAAAAUGAAUGAAAUGCGUUGAUUACCAAAUAAUCCACUAACCAGCAAGAGCAUUCGGAGACUGUUUAAGCGUUCGUGUAGAUGACUUGCAUGAGAAGAUUACCCAGCCUUGGGUUGAUCGAUCACCAGCAUGUACGUGAUUGGCUGUCACCCUACAACUUUGAACUUCCCCUCAAAAUACUAUAUUCAACUGUAUUUAUUUAUAUUGUGAAGAGUGUACUAUAUGUACUAAAUCAAGGAUAAAUUUUCUUUAUCAUAUUGUUUGCAAGUCAGUGUUUGUAGUUUACAAAACAAUGUUUUGGGGUGUUGAACUAUGUUCAAUCACACAAACACCGCGCAUUAAUUUUGUUUGGAUUGUGUAAUGUUCUGUGUACACUGCGUAGUAAUUUUAUAUGGAUUGCGUAGUGUUCUGUGUACACCGCGCAUUAAUUGUGUAUGAAUUGUUUAGGAAGUGUUCUGUGUAUACCGCGCAGUAAUUUUGUUUGGAUUGUGUAGCGUUCUGUGUACACCGCGCAGUAAUUUUGUUUGGAUUGUGUAGCGUUCUGUGUAAGCUAAUUUUACUUCUGUGAUCACUAUGAAUAUAUAUGAAAUAUUAUUAUGUAAUUUUCAGUAUUUAUUCAAUUUUGAGAAUUUAAUUGUAAGUGAAUGCAAUUAUAUUUUAAGUCAGUAAAUAUUGGUCAGUGUC